AUGCGGUUCGAGGACUGGGAUGUCUUGCUCUUCCCGCGGGACUGCAAAGUCCCCGUGAAAGAAUUCAAGGUGGCCUGCCAUGUCAUCCACGAUGCCGUCUCGAUUCACUCCUGGUCAUCGCCCACCGUCAGCCAGUUUACCAGAUGCUACAGCAAGUAUGGCGAUGAUGCCAACUUUGAGGCCCGCGUCUUCGUUGACGGACAGUUGGUUGCCUCUGCGCGUCUCGAUCAAGACAAGGACUGGCCGCACAUUAUCGUUCACAGCUUCGGUGUCUCGAAGAACGGAGACCUCGAGCCUCUGAGGUUCCCAAGCUUUCGCCAGGAGCUUCUUCGACAGAAUCACUGGCAUCCCGCCGACAACUUUGGCCGCAUCAAGAUUGUGAUUAGCGAAGGCUUCCCGCGCGACUCUCUGUCGCUGCCCAUGGAGCGGGUCAAGAAUGUUGUUGCGUUCUCCUUUCAGCAUGCGCCUCUUGAGAUCCUGGAGAAUUCUUGCAUCGCCUGGCCAAAUCCAAGCAUGUGGCGACGGAUCCCAGCCCCUGCAACGAGGGCUGUUCAAGCUUAUCCGUCUGACGAUACUGACUCACAUGCCCAUUCUCCAAGAAGGAAAUACACUCGGACAAACGCAAACCCUCCUUCUUCCUCGACUGAGCACCUCAGCAGCACAAUGAACAGCCGAAGCGUCCGGCCGAGUCAGAGGAUGUCUAGCUUCCAAAGCAGCAACACUCGCGCUGCCUCUGGAAGCACCAGCACCGGCACUCUGGAGACUAUCAGUGACUCAAACACCUACUUUGAGUGGCUCAAUGGCAUGGGCACCGGAACAGCUGAUUCAUAUCAGCUCGUUGAGAACGAUCUAUUCGCACCAGGCCAGCACGGAAGACGGCUUCCCAGUGCCGGUGUGCCACCAUACAUGUCAUUGGGCAAUAGCAUGGGACCAUAUCUGGACCAAAGCCUGGAAUUGCAGGACUUCCGAAACGAAGUCAGCCGCGACCAGUUUGACUAUCUGAGGUCUACCGCCCAAGUUUCGGGCGUCGAAGCCGUUUGCAGCCAGGAGACACAAGAUCUAUUCUUGCCUCGGCUGUCCCAGGACAACAUGUUCACGAUGGAUACGCCCACUUCACUGGCUCACUCGCUGCUUAACCAACCGAUGCCAGCCAACCUCUUGGGCAACAGUACUCGUGCUGCAAACCCUGAGGCAAGGCCUAACCAGGCAGACGACCUUCACCAGGCACCAGAUCCAUCUCCCUCGAGUGACUCUACGACGUCCACCUCCCGCAACAAUAUUUUUGGCGCGAAGAAGACCGCUCGACGGCCCCAAAAAGCGCACAACAUUGGUGCGCAAGUCGAGUCAAGCAGCUCCGGAUACAUAUCGUCUCUGCCAGCCGCCAACCAGCAUCUAGUCUCGGUCGAAGAGUAUGUCACUGCUUUGGAAGCCCGUCUGGCCGAAGACACGGCUGUGGGCGAUUCAGCACCGACCUCUACCGGCAAGGGAACAAAGAGAAGCCACGAUUCGGCAUCUGGUCCUGGAAGCGCCGUGAUGAGCGACAAGGACCAAAGACGGCCAAGCCCUCGAGCUCACAUCACGGCUCUACUCGCGCAAAGCCCAACAUUCAACAACCAAUAG